UCUAAAACUCAAUUUCCCAUAAGCCUAAAGCGCAUCAUACGCUAUGGCGUCAUGGCGUUAACGCCAUUGGCCAAUUCCUGUUGAGUCGGCCAUAUUGGAAUUUGAAGUCUGCUAUACUGUGAGUAAGUCGGCAGGCUCUUAGAUUAUAUCCCUCAAAAACAGUUCACUUUACCUGUAUUCGCAGCGCCGGAGCCUGGCAUUGCACCCGAGAUCCUGCUGUUUGUAGACGGAGCGCUGUCUGUGUAUUUCGUGGUGUAGAAAUGAGUCCUACAGACGCUAAACGCGGAGCGAAGCGCAGAAAGAAUAAGCGGGGCGGCGGCGCAGGGAAGGCCGGAGCUCCGCCAACACCCUCCAGCAGCAGCGCACACGGAGACCCGAGCACCAUCCCUAGCCUCAACGGAGAGGUCCCAGUCAAUGGUGCUCCACAGUUUUCAGAAGGGCCAGUAAACGCUGACUUCUCAGGAGUCCUUCAGACCCCGUUCACUUUCGGGGUGAACCAGAGGGCCCCCUACACCACAGGUGACCGUUGCCUGCUGUGUCGCAGUGAGCGCAAGGACAGCGUCUCCCAGGACAUGGGAGGAUCCAGUCCGAAUGGCACAGCCCAGUCGCCUAAAUCUUCCAGCGCCCUUCAGUUGCCUCUGUACGUCUGCUCUGACUGCAAACGCACUGUGGAGAACGAUGAUCGUCAGCCCCCUCUCGACCAGUCUCUGUUGAAUCAGGACUUCUUAUUGCACAUGCCAGUGGGUAAUGGCGGUUUGUCCCAGGAGCCCUUGGGGGCCGGAGGGAGACUGACAGUCAGUGCUCCUACGCUGCCUGCUCCAGAUCUCAGCGCUCCCCUCACUGCAGACACUGUGUGUAGCUGUGAGGCCUGUUAUGAGCGGAGGGAGAUCACGGCUGAGUCAGAACGGGAGUCACAACAACUUCAGAAUCACUGGUCUGAGGUCAGAUACCUGGUCCGGUGCAUUUACCGGCAGACUGGGACUCCACUGGCUGAUGAUCAGGAUCAGCCUCUUGACCGGGACAAAGAGAGCAUGAAGGAACUCGUUGACAGGCUUUGUGAGAAAGACCCCUACCAGUUGUACCAGCGUCUGGAACAGCAGGCAAGGGAGUACGUCUUAGAGAUGAAAGUACGGCUACUCAAGCACCUGUCCACAGGCUCAAAGGCACCCGGUGUAACGUCUCAGGGGCCUCCACAGGCCCACCAGUUCAUCUCACUGCUGCUAGAGGAGUAUAACGCGCUCUGCCAGGCGGCCCGCACCAUCAGCAGCUUCCUGCUCACCCUGGAGAAUGAACAUUUGCAGAAGUUUCAAGUGACAUGGGAGCUCCACAAUAAACACCUUUUUGAGAACUUGGUUUUCUCUGAACACAUCCUGCACAACAGUCUACCUGCCUUAGUGGCCCAGCUCAGGCAGGGCACAACAUCCCAUGAUUCUUACAGUGAAGAUAUGUACCGUACACUGCUGGAGAGAUACCAUCAGCUCGACCAGGAGAUGAGUGCAGUGGCUCUUGAAUGGCUGGAGUGUGAGAAGAGGAUUGAUGAUUAUGUUGAUGAGCAGUUGCUUUUCAAGGUUGAAGGUCAGAAUCUCACAAAUCAAAGGACAGAACCACACAAGUCUUUAAUCAAUAGAAAUAUGUCUUUAAGAACCAAGCAGCGGAUGCUCAAAGAAGAUGCAGAGAUCUUCAAACAGAAAAGAUUUUUUGAAGAGCAGUUCCUCCCGAACAGUAAAAAGUCUCUGGGUGGUGACAGUAAGUUCACAGACACAGUGAAACAGAUGCUUUCAUCCAGACUGAGUAUCCCCGACUGUCCCAACUGCAACUACAGACGGAGAUGCACCUGUGAUGACUGCAGCCUGUCUCACAUCCUGACCUGUGGCAUCAUGGAUGCUCCUAUGGCAGAGGAUCUGCAUCUAAAGCUGCCCCUGCAGGCAGAGCCUCCCCGGGACUACCUGUCAGAGGUCCAUCCCCCCAGCAUGUCAUCGGGCAGCUCAGGGUCCGGCUCGGCCCCAGGCUCCCCCAUCACCAUCCAUCAGCACCCACGCCUCAUCCUGCCACAGGAUGGCGCUACCACAUUCGAUGAUGAAGUGUCUCCGUUGUCUGCCAUCUAUCCUCUCAGUGGAUACGAAGACUCCGCGGUGGUGGCCAGCAUUAAUGGCAUUCACACUCAGCUCAGUGGAGGAGAAGAGAGCUUGACCCUUAAAGAUAAAUCUUCACGGGGGAGCAGCAGCAGUAGCAGUUCCUCUGAAGGUGAUGAGGAGGAGAGGGAGAGUGGUGGGGAGCCUUCAGGCCACAAGAAGUCACUCUCUGGAGGGAAAAAUGACUGUCCGCCUCCGUCAUACCCUCAUACACAGGUGGAUCAGGUACAGCAUCCGUGCGAGUGUCAUGUGUGCAAUCAGGGCAACGGGGACAGCGGCACCUCCGGCCUGAGCUCCACUUGUCUGCCUACCAGCAGGCUGCAUGCAGGGGGUCACCAGUUCUUCUCAGAGAAGACGGCAGCCCACCCCGCCCUCCACCUCUACCCCCACAUUCACGGCCAUCUACCCUUACACAACCUCUCCCACCUGCCCAGACCACUGCUGCCCACUCUCUACUCCACCCCUCCGCUCACACACAGCAAGACUCUCCCUCCCACCCCUACGUCCAGUCACACAGGCGGAAAGCAGCAAGUGUUCAACCCCACCCUUCCGGAGCACGUCUAUCAGAGCUGCUUCAACACAGCGGGGGACUGGAACGGCUCUUUGCCAUGUCCCUCGCUCAAACUAGAGAACCUCUGGGACACGCACAUGAUGAAGAACUGGAAUCCUUCUGUGCUGCUCCAGGAGCCCCUACCUGGCGACAUGCUGGGCCCUCCCCUUCCCGACGUGCCCCUUCUCUCCUCCAGUUUGGAUCACAAUGUCAAUCCCCACCCUGCCCCGGAUGGCAAAGAGAAGAAGAACGGCGCCAAGAAAAAGUGUCUCUUCAACUACCAAGAUGCCUUCAUGGAGGCGAGUGAAGUGGUGAUGGCCACCUCCUCCGUCUCCAGUACCGCCACCACUGUCCAGUCGAAUGAAGUUUUCCAUAAUUUAGGUAAAGAGGACCAUAGACAUCCCACUCCUGUUGCUCCUAGGAAUAGUCCCACUAGUCUCACAUCUCUCCCCCCUCUCAACGGAACCUCACAUCCUUCUUCCCCCAACACACAUCUACCCAGUAUAGGCACCCAGUCCUUUUCAAAGACUGUAACUCAGACUCCAGGCUUCAUGGACGUCCAUCAGGGUCUGUGCUUGUCAUCUGGUGAGCAGCAAGCUGCCCCGAUCGAUGGUUUAGUCAGUGGUCCAAAUAGCGUAUGCAGUGAUCCAGACUGUGAGGGUCAUCGCUGUGAAGGGAACAGAGGCUACGAGCACCAGCCAUAUGAAGGAGAGGAGAGCCAAGAUGAGGACAGCAGCUCGGAGCACAGCUCCUCCACCUCCACCUCCACCAAUCAGAAAGAAGGAAAGUACUGUGACUGCUGCUACUGUGAAUUCUUCGGUCAUGGAGGGCCCCCUGCCGCACCCACCAGUAGGAACUAUGCAGAGAUGCGGGAGAAGUUGCGACUCAGACUGACCAAACGGAAGGAGGAACAGCCUAAAAAAGAAGAUUUGCUGCUGGAGCGGGAUGGGGUGGAGGACCAUCGCAAGGUAGAGGACCUGUUACAGUUCAUCAACAGCGCAGACAACAAACCAACCAGUAGCUCCAAAGCAGCCAAACGUGCCCGUCACAAACAGAAGAAGAAAUCGAGACUCAUCAGACCAGGCGAACAUUUUUUUCCAGUCUUCAGCUGUCCAAUUUUGCUGGAGGAGAAAGCCCGUCUAGAGGCAGAGGCUCGGGAACUGGAAGUGCAACAGCAACUUCUGAAGGAACAGAGGAGGCGGCAGCAGGAGGAGGAGGCGGCACUGAAGCAGGAGCUGCUUCGUCUGCAGGAAAUGCAGCAGUUGCGGGCAUCUAAGAAGAAAAAGAAAGACAAUAAAAUCAAGGAUUUAACCAAGUCUGAAAAUCCUUCUCUCGUUCCAACAACCAACAACCCUAAGCCUCUUCAGCAGACAGCUCAGAGCGUUUUAGAAAAAAACAUGCAGAAUGGCAAAACACAGCUACUGCACAAUCUCAUCCGUCUCAGUCCUAAGGAGCCUCAUCUAGAACCUGAAUCCCUCACAUGUGGGAAGAAUGGCCCAUUGCAACAACCAGGCCCAAAGACUUGCAGAGACAGACCUUCAGAGCCUCCUGGCCUCCAGAAUGGCACCUCCUCCCACCCAGAGUCCUCCCAAACCAAGGUCAAACCCAAACAGCAAGCAAACGGCUCCAAACCCAACGGUGAGGCCACAAAAAGGCCAGCUGAGACCUCCAAAGCUCCAGAGCCUCUCAAAGCCGGGAACACAGCCAGCCCUCAAACUGACGCCAAAGCCAAGCAGAAAGCUUCUGACGAGUCAGUGACUGAGAUCAAGAGGGAAGAGAGGACAAAUGGGAAAAAGCCACAGAAUGGAGGGAAAGACGAGAGGAACUCUCCUGUUAUUGAAUCUUCAGCUUUAGACCCUCCUCAGCAGAACGGCAAAGUCCAAAACGAGUCCCCUCAACCCAAAAGCAAACCCAAGAAGAAUAAGAAGAAAAAAGCAGACAAGACGAAUAACUCAAUAGAUGAUGUAUUUCUGCCCAAAGACAUUGAUUUGGACAGUGUAGACAUGGACGAGACCGAACGUGAGGUGGAAUAUUUCAAAAGGUUCUGCUUAGACUCCGCACGACAGACAAGGCAGAGGUUGUCCAUCAACUGGUCCAAUUUUAGCUUGAAGAAGGCCACGUUUGUUGCCCACUAAUGGGUCUUCCUUUCAAAAGACAAUGGCAGGAAUCGAUAAGUGUUCCUCCGGUUUCUUCUCUCUCCCGUGUUUCUACAGACAGACUGCUGACCCCAGUGCUGCUAUGCUUCACCUGCUCCUCCGGUCUCCAUUAUCCAUGCCACCUUGCCUUGUCCUUGUUGCUGUGGGUUCCUCAAAGAACCCAAAAUGGGCUUGUAUUCCUGCAGUACUUCUGGAGAGAAAAAAAGAGCAAAGUCAAAAAACAACCACAAAAUGCUACUCUAUAAGUUUAUCCCUAUUAUUUUGGUUUCCCUUUUCUUCUUUUAAAAAGCGUGUGUGCUUUUUGUCAGUGAGUGGGCCGUUUCCUUUAGGUCUGUGCCAUGUUCUGGGUUUUCUGUGGCUUUAUGUACAUUAAGAUGAAGGCACUGCAAAAGACAUGCUUCAAGAAAAAAAAAAGAUGAAUAUGAAAAAAAACAUCCCUUUAUUCAGAUCUGCUGUGGCUUUGCUCACCUUUGCACCUCGCACUGCACUUCCUCACUACUCAAGAGAAUCGGACUGGUCAGCUUCACGUCAUUGCCCCCAAUCUCUCCCUUUAUUGGGAGAACGGCUAAUACUUGACAAUGUUCACAUCGGUUUUUCAUUUAAAAAUGUUCAGUGUAACAACUGUGUUCAAGUUACCAUUUUUUGUUUUGUUUUUCUUUUUCCAACUUGUACCAAGCUUGUAUCAGAAUACUUUCAGAAUUGAAUCGAAAAGAACAAUACUCACUCUAUCAAUCUGUUAUAGAGUGUAUAUUGUAUUAACACUGAAGCCGGACUGGCUACUUUUUAACAUAUUGUUAAGUAAUAUUAAAAUCUUGUCUUUCUUUUUGAAAGAUGGAAUACAGUAGAGUGGCAGGA